AUGAGGCAUGUGUUUCUAGAUUUUGACAACAAAGAGGACCACUUAGAGGUUUCUUCUAGAAAUUUUGUGACUUUUGAAGGGGAUCAUGUCAUGAAAAUUCUCACUUGGAGUACAAAGUUUAAACCUGAGAUGAAAACUACUCAUACCCCGGUCUGGAUUACUCUCCUAGGACUCAUAUGGCACUACUAUGAAUGGGAUGCUUUGUGUAGAAUCCUUGCCCCAGUUGGAAUUCCUCUUACUAUGGAUAAAGCCACAACGACAAAAACGAGGCCUACUACUACAAAAGUACGGGUGGAAAUUGACUUGAUGAAAAGUUUAGUUCACGAAAUCAACAUCCACAUCUUAAAUAGUAAUGGCAACUUCGAUAUCAUCACCCAAAGAGUGGAAUAUGAAAGUGUUCCACCUUUUUGUUUUCACUGUAAGGUGCAAGGGCACCAAGAUAACAUCUGUAGAAUUGUGCACCCUGAGCUAAAAAAUGCCCCCAAAAGGAAUGAAGUUCAGCAUAUACCUAACAACAAUCAUCCUCAAGGUCCUAAUGGAGGGGAAAAAAGAGAACAAGAUAAACCUCAACAAUCUCCCCCUCAAACCAAAUAUGUUCCUACAUCUGUCCCAAACAAUAAUACCAACCACUUGGCAAACCUGAGAAUAUCAGAGAAUAAGCGGGACGCUAUAGAAGUUACUACUCAAGAUGAAGAAUGGAAAACUGUUAGUAAGAGAAAGGGAAAAGACGGUAACAUCAACAACAAUGUUAAGCCUUCAAAAUAA